AUGUCUUCAUUGCUGCCUACACCGCUACCUUUUUGGCCAAAGAACACCCCGAAGCCCUCAAAUGACUCGUGGUUGCAAUGGUGGAAGACAUUUGAGGAUUAUAUUGAACUACUCCCGAUUUUGUCACCCACGAUUGUACUAGACGUCCCAUCUAAGUUCAAACUCCUCCGGACGAAUCUCGGAGAGUUGGGACAACGAUAUUUCGAUGCCCUCAAUCUACAAAAGGCUAUAGAUCUCCAAACAGCCUUCUCAAAACUCGAGUCAGCGUGGGGAGGAAAGGACAACGUCUUUCUCAGUCGCUAUCGGUUUUGUCAAAUGCGUCAAGAAUCCAAUCAAUGUGUCAGUGAUUUUAUUACUAAUCUGACUCUGGCCAUUCAGGACUGUGGGUAUAAAGAGAUCAAGGCAGACAACUUCGAGCACGCAAUGCUCGUUCAGCAGUUGAUCGUCGGUCUACGCGAUGAAAAAGCUCGGGAAAAUCUCUUAUCAGAGAAGAAGGAUUUGUCAUGGGAGAAAGCCUGUGAUAUUGCCAGUCACCAGGAGCGCGUGCGGCAAAACCUUCAACAGCUGAAUCAGUCAAACGAUGGAGUGAUAGCAGCCUUGGAAUCGGAAAUGGCUGUAUCCCUGGUCAACACUGCUGUGUCUUCACCUAGACAGCGACCCUCAGCUCCCUCAAAACAACUACCAUCAUGCUACCGUUGUGGCCAGCAUCAUAUCCGGUGGUCAGACUGUAGACACCAGAAGACGGUAUGCCAGUUUUGCAUAAAAGUCGGCCACAUCGAACGAGUGUGUUUCUCCAAAAGACGAGCGAAUAGUAACACGCAUGCGACCUACCCUAGUCCAGCUGGGGAUGGUGAGGCGAUACUCCGAAUGUUUCCGGCCAACGCUACUCUCCAAUCCCCCUACACCAUCACGCUUCCGGUUGAUCACCAUCCCGUGAAGUUUGAAAUCGACACUGGCUCAGCUGUUACUCUCAUCAAUGAGGCCUCUCUUCAGAAAGUACCCUCCCUCCUACCGGUUAGCUCAACACUCCGUAGUUACACUGGACAGAACGUAGACGUUCGAGGGGUCUUUACAGCCGAAGUCGAACAUGAUGGAGAACUUCAUUACUUGCCGGUUCAUGUGGUGAGAGGAAGCCAGCAACCGAAUCUCCUUGGACGAAAUUGGAUUAAAUGUGUGCCUUCUGUGCUAUCCUAUGUACAUCGGAUUGGUGUAAAUCCGGCUUUAGAUUCAAUUUUGGUAAAUCAUAAGGAUCUAUUUCGUGACGAUUCAGCUACCCACUACCGCGGUCCACCUGUUAAGUUUCAGUUUCAGUCAGAUUUCCGGCCCCGGUUCUUCAAAGCUCGUACAGUCCCCUAUGCACUCGCACCGAAGGUCGAAGAAGAGCUGGAUCGCCUACAGAAAGCGGAUAUUAUUGAGCCCGUGCAAUAUUCGGAAUGGGCAGCCCCAAUAGUUCCUGUUCUUAAAACCGAUGGUUCUGUGCGUAUUUGUGGCGACUACAAGCUGACAAUCAACUCAGCAACUAAACUGAACCCUUAUCCUCUCCCGCGCAUCGAGGAUCUGUACGCAUCUCUCUCGGGUGGUCAUCAAUUUACAACUUUGGACCUAAAGCAUGCCUACCACCAAGUCGUCCUAAAUACUGAAUCCCGAGACGCCACCACCAUCAAUACGCAUCGGGGUUUAUUUCGAUAUAAAAGACUACCAUUUGGAGUAAGUUCGGCUCCCGGUUUAUUUCAAUGCUUGAUUGAUAAUCUCGUGAAGGAUAUACCUCACGUUUGCGCAUAUCUUGACGAUAUAUUAGUUACCGGCCCAUCUGAACAUAGUCAUCUAGAGACUCUAAACAUCGUGUUAGGACGUUUAAAGGACGCCGGUUUUAAACUCAGGAAAGAUAAGUGCACUUUCCUUGCCGACUCGGUAGAAUACCUGGGCUUCAGGGUGGAUAAAACUGGCCUCCAUCCACUCGAACAUAAGCUCAAAGCCUUAAAGACGGCGCCGCGCCCCAACAAUACUAGUCAAUUGCGUUCAUUCCUGGGGUUGGUCACCCACUUUAGUCGCUUUAUGAAUCAAUCGGCUACAAUUCUCAAGCCUCUUUAUCGACUACUUGAAAAGAAUUGUGGCUGGCACUGGUCGGAGGUCGAACAAAGUGCUUUCGAACAGGCAAAGGCGGCUCUUACCUCCUCAUCUGUCCUAGUUCACUAUGACCCCGAAAAGCCUAUCAUACUGAAAUAUGAUGCGUCUCCGUACGGCGUAGGUGCGGUUCUCAUGCAUCGAAUGCCAUCGGGUUCGGAGAUGCCGAUUGCUUUUGCAUCAAGAACCAUGUCACAGGCGGAAACCAACUAUUCGCAACUAGACAAAGAGGCCUUAGCAAUAAUGUUUGGCCUACAUCGGUUCCACCUGUAUCUUUUUGGCCGACACUUUGAAAUUCACACUGAUCACAAACCCCUCUUAGGUUUGCUGGGAGAAAAACGAGGGAUACAACAGAUGUCCUCGCCAAGAAUGCAACGAUGGGCACUCACUUUAUCUGCUUUACACGUAUGCAAUGAAAUACGUUACAGGUAGUGCAAACGUAGUGGCUGACGCCUUGAGUAGGCUUCCUAUCGUGGACGAUGGCAUUAACGGGGCACCUGUUUUUGAGACCGUGUAUCUUUUGCAGAAUCUAGUCAACGCGCCUGUAACCUGUCAACAAAUUCGACAGUGGACAUCGAGAGACCCUCUCCUUAGUCGGGUAAAAAGAGCCUUACAAUCUGGCUGACCGUCCUCUACCUCCUCUGAUUUUCAACCAUUCUUCAGCCGUCAGAACGAGUUAAGUCUACAAGACGGAUGCAUACUAUGGGGCAAUCGUGUAGUUGUGCCACCGCAAGGCCGACGGGCCAUCCUCAGAGACCUGCAUAAUGCUCAUCCUGGUACAGUUAGAAUGAAAGCUCUCGCCCGCAGCUAUGUUUGGUGGCCCAAAAUUGACGCAGAUAUAGAAAACGUGGUGAAAGCAUGUCACGUGUGCCAAAUAACACAGAAGACCUUACCGAAGGUUCCUCUGAAGCCAUGGGCCUGGCCCGACUCGCCGUGGAAGAGGGUACACGUCGAUUAUUUUGGGCCAUUCCAAGGCCAUAUGGUUUUGGUGGUAGUUGACGCCCACACUAAAUGGAUUGAUGCGAUUCCGACAGGAAAUUCUUGUUCCUCACUGACUACAAUCAACAAGUUGCGAACCGUCUUUUCUACUUUUGGGAUACCUGAAAUGGUCGUUUCAGACAAUGGCCCGGCCUUUACUUGUGCAGAAUUUAAAGAUUUCAUGGAGAAAAAUGGAAUUAGACAUUUAACUACUGCCCCGUACCACGGUGCUUCAAAUGGCCUCGCAGAGCGUGCAGUCCAGACAAUAAAGCACGGACUAGCCAGACAGACAGAAGCGGACUUGGCCACCAAGUUGUCACGCUUUCUGUUCAGCUAUCGCAUAACACCAAACGACUCAACGGGUGCUUCGCCUGCAGAAUUGAUGUUCAAGCGGCAGUUGCGCACACGACUCGACCUGCUUAAUCCAUCAACGCAGGAUAGGGUCAUUGCAAAACAGACGAAGAUGAAAGAACGAUAUGAUGUGAGCACCCGACCACGAGUCGUCGCGCCCAACGAAAGUGUCUACACGCGACUGGAACACGAAACCAACUGGUGUCCAGCGGUAGUUCGAAAAAGCGAGGGUCAAAUAGUGGAGUUAGAGUUAGACGGUGGGAGAAUUGUGCGUCGACAUCUGGAUCAAGUUCGCAGCCGAACGGACACAGUAAGUGGAGAAUUCGGAGAGUUAGAACUGCCAGCAACCCUUGAUAGGGAUCCUGACAUCCCGAGGACUGAGCCCCUACUUCCUGCACAGGGCACUACGCCAUCCACCGAGGCUUAUGUUCCACCUCCUCCUACCCCGGCCAGCACUAACUUAGGGGCAGAGGAGCCAGUGACUGCACAAAGCGGUGCAGAGGUAGAAAAUACCGCCCUGAGAAGAUCGACCCGAAACCGCAAACCCGUCCAACGCUUUCAGGACGAAUCUUAUUAG